AUGGGGAGAAAGGGUAGGAAGCAAGAAAACAAUGAAAAUCAAGCAUUACUCAAUGAUAAAAAAAUCUCUCAUGACACCGAUGACCAACAUCGACAGCAAUCAUCACGUCUUGAACAGGCAGAAUCAUCUUGGUUUCGACUAUUGCACGUACUAUUUUGGUCAUGGGUUAUUCCAAUUCUUCGUCUAGGCUAUAAACGACAGUUGACAGCAAAUGACCUUGAUAAUGCACCUCAUGUUGACAAAGCUUCAGUACUGUUAAAUAGACUACAUUCUUAUGACUGGUCAUCAUCAACAACAUGGAUGAUUAUUCGUAAAGAAUUUUGGAAAGAUUACAUGUUUGCUAGUCUGAUCUGGUUUCCUUUUUUGAUAAUCAAUAUCGGUCAACUUUUACUCUUUUGUCAGUUGAUCUGGAAUAUGAUGGAUAAACAAUUAUCAACUACUGUUACAUAUUUAUGUGUGGUAUCCCUUUUUGUUUCUGUCGUUAUAGAAUCAAUCACGCAACGACUAGUACUUUUUCGUUCGACUCGUAUUGGUAUGCGAAUUCGUAAUGCACUGAUUAUAAAGAUUUAUGCGCAUUCAUUGUAUUUGAAAUCGACAUCCUCGGAACAAACGAACACUGGUCAAAUUAUUAACUUGAUCGCUAACGAUACAUCCAAGAUUGAAGAAGUAUUCAUAUAUUUAGCUGGUCUAUGCGAAGGAAUUCUUGAAGCCAUAGUUAUGUUAGGUUUGCUUUGUUGGAUCAUACAUCCUAUACCAGCUUUGUGUGGUUACGCUAUAAGUCCUCUAUUCAUUCUCAUACAAGUGUAUUUCAGUCGAAAAUUUAGUCAAUACCGUGAGACAACAGCAAUGUGUAGCGAUAAACGUAUCCAAGCCUUCAGUGAAUUUAUCUAUGGAUGUCAUGCUGUCAAAAUGUAUAAUUGGGAAAAACCGAUAAAAGAUCAUAUAGUUGAAAUGCGCGAAAAGGAACUAGCAAGUAUUCGAUGGGCAUCACGCUUUCGUGCAUUAAAUAUCACUCAAUUUUUCAUCUCCACACAAUGCCUAGCACUUACAACAUUUGGCAGUGCUUUGAUUUUUGGUUAUCCAUUGAGUACAGCUAACACUUUGCCGGCUCUGGCAGUUUUUGGUGUAAUGCGCUAUAAUAUUAUGUAUAAAAUGCCAACGGGCAUUGAGAAAUUAAGUGAAGCAAGACCUGCAACAAAAAGAAUAGAUGCAUUCUUGCGUUUGACUGUGCAACAAGAACAUCAAUCUUCAUUAUCCAAACCUUCAAGUGAUGAGCAACAAAAAGAAAGUAUCAUCAUGUCUAACGCAUCGUUUUCGUGGCAGAGUGAGAUACCAUGUCUAUCAUCACUUGAUUUGACUAUCGAACAAAGGACACUUGUUGGUAUUGUUGGACCAGUAGGUUCUGGUAAAUCAUCCUUACUGGCUGCUAUUCUUGGUGAAAUGAAUCUUAUCAAUGGUCGAUUUAAUUCAAAUAAUACUUCAUUUUCUUAUGCUGCUCAAUCACCAUGGAUAUUUGCAGAUACAUUUCGUAACAAUAUUCUUUUGAAUCGACUGUUUCAUAAAGAACGAUAUAGACAUGUCAUUCAUGCAUGUUGUCUCGAUGUUGAUCUUUAUCGAUUUGGAUCUCAUGGUGAUCUCACAGUGAUUGGAGAAAAUGGGGUGAAUUUAAGCGGUGGACAAAAGGCACGAAUAGGACUCGCUCGUGCUUUGUAUGCUGAUGCGGAUAUUUAUCUUCUUGAUGAUCCCUUUUCUGCAGUCGAUCGUGCAGUAGCCAAACAAAUCUAUGGACGAUGUAUUGGUCCACAUGGACUACUGAAAAAUAAAACUCGUCUAUUAGUUACUCAUCAACCAGAAUUUCUUCAUGAAGCACAUCAAGUAAUAUUUCUUUCACAUGGACAUAUUAAUAAAGAGGGUUGUUUGGACGAAUGUAUUGUGAGAAAAGAUGAUACAAACAAAAACGAAACACCCCUGUUAGCCAGCAUGCUCGAUAAUAAUACAUCGAUGACUGAUGUUCCAUCCAUCAUAAGUGACGAAACGCCACUCAAUGACGGUACCAACUGGUCUGUAUGGUACCAUUUGUUGACUGCACCUCCAGCUGGCAUCUUUGGCUUAUGUUUACUCAUUGUUUUACUCUUGUUAGGUGAAGUCCUAAAUGAUAGUACAAACUAUUGCCUUAGCAUCUGGUUGAAACAAAAAGAAAGAGAGCAGCAACUUUCACACAAUUUUGCUUAUACUUAUUUUACUUUGAUUAUAGCUACAAUAAUUGCAGAUAUAAUACGUACGAACUAUUAUUUUACUGUUAUUUUAAAUGGAUCAAAUAGUCUACAUAAUAACAUGUUAAGAGGACUUUUAUAUACAUCAUUACAGUUUUUUGAAAGUAAUCCAAGUGGAAGAAUUCUAAAUCGAGUAAGUAAAGAUCAACAUAUCAUGGAUGACACCUUGCUCAGAACCUUUUUGAUGGGUAUUGUAGUACUAUUAAUGGCAGCGGGUUCAAUAUUCAUUAUUUGUUUUACCAGUCCACCCAUUUUUCUUUUACUUAUUAUCUUAAUUCCAAUUGUUUGGUUCUUAAUUCAUUUUUAUCAACGAUCUUUUCGUCAAUUAAAACGGCUUGAAAGCAUUACUCGUAGUCCUGUUUAUGCAUCGUUUUCAACAUCUCUCAAUGGUUUAUCAACUAUUCGAGCAUUUAAAGCUGAAAAUAGUUUUAUUCAACUGACUGCUGACAGAAUGGAUGUAAAUACAUCGGCAUACAUUAUUGUAGAAGCUGCAUCACAAUGGUUUACAUUUAUGCUGACCGUUGCAUGUUCACUAAUUUUAUUGGUUACUUCAGUUUAUAUCAUAUUUUUUCAGAAUCGAAUAGAUCCACCUGCAGGUGCACUUAGUUUGAUGUCUGCAAUGUUUGUAUCAAAUGCGUUUCAAUGGAGUGUUCGGAAAUUUUCCGAAAUUGAUAUAUUAAUGACAAGUGGCGAACGUAUCGAUGAAUACUCACAUUUGCCACGUGAAGAAAAUGAAGGUGACUACAAACGUUACGUGAAAACCUCACCAAACUGGCCAAUUCAUGGAACAGUUGAAUUUCGAAAUUAUUCAUUACGCUAUCGUGUUAAUCUACCGUAUGCAAUCCAAAAUAUCAACUUGCGCAUUGAAUCUGGCCAGAAGAUUGGCAUAAUUGGUCGAACCGGUGCUGGAAAAUCGUCACUCUUCAAAGGCAUCUGUCGAUUUGUUCAUCAAUCAAAUGUUGAUGGUGCAAUUCUUAUUGAUAAUGUUGAUAUUAGUUGCAUCACACUCGGUCAUCUUAGAUCUCAUCUGACUGUCAUUCCUCAACAAGCUGUGUUGUUUAGCGGUACUCUUCGAUAUUAUCUCGAUCCAUUCGAUUCGUAUUCUGAUGAACAAUGUUGGAAAGCACUCGAAGAUGUUCAACUCAAACAGUUUGUUAGUAAUCAUUCAGCAGGUCUUCGAAUGCUGAUUGCUGAAUCUGGUAACAAUUUGAGUGUCGGUCAAUGUCAAUUAAUCAAUCUUGCGCGAGCUAUUCUGAAGAAAAGUAAAAUCUUAUUGAUCGAUGAAGCAACAGCUAAUGUUGAUAAAAAAACAGACGACAUCAUUCAAGAAAUUAUUAAUAAUAAAUUUCAAGAUCGAACUGUUAUAACAAUUGCUCAUCGACUGAACACAGUAGCAAACUGUGAUCAUAUUCUUGUAUUGGACAAUGGUAUGCUAGUGAACUAUGAUACGUCUGUCAACAUUUUAAGCUCUUAUCAAUGA